AUGUCAAGCACUAAAGCGGCCUCAAUAACACUCUCAUCUCUCAAAUAUAUCAAGCCCGUAGACCUAGCAAAUUCUCUACAGGAUGCCGAAACCUCCUCCAAAGUAGCCAUCGUCGACGUGCGAGACAACGACCACGUCGGCGGAAACAUCAGAGGCUCGCAAUGGGUGCCUAUAAAUCAGCUCGAUGCACGCAUGCCGGAACUAUUAAGGAUCAAUCAAGACAGAGAUCGUGUCGUGUUUCACUGUAUGCUCAGUCAGCAGCGUGGUCCCAAAGCUGCUCUGGCAUAUGCACGAGCUCGAGCCUACCAAGCUGAGAAGGAGGCCAAGGGGCAGGGGAAGAGCUCGUCGACUGAGGAAGAGAAGACGAAUGUGGAGGGAAAUGGAAAAGUAUACGGUCAGGAAGUUUGUGUGCUGGAAGGUGGGUUUGGGGCCUGGCAAUCUUCUUAUGCUGAGGACGAGACAUUGACGGCAGAUUAUGUUGAGGAUUUGUGGGAGUAG